AUGUUUCUGCCUUAUUUUGCGGUUGUUUCAACUCUUGGUGAAUUUGGAAAUGAGGAGCAGAUGAAGAAGAUCAAUGGCGAGGCUAAUAUUUUAACAGUUAAUGCUGCAAAAGACUAUGGAGUUCCGAAGUUCAUUUUGAUCUUUGUGCAUGACUAUAAUCUUCCAUCAUUCCUAGUUUCCUCUGGUUACUUCACUAGAAAACACAAGGUAGAGUUGGAAGUCCUCGCAAAGUAUCCAAGUUCAGGAAUUGUGCUAAGGCCAGGUUUCAUAUAUGGCAAAAGAAAAAUAGAUGGGUUUGAGAUCCCGUUAAAUUUAAUUGGAGAACCAUUAGAAAGGUUGUUAUCUACCAAGAACUUUGCAGCAAGUCCCUUGAGGUCACUCCCUGCUUCUGAUCUUCUCUUGGCACCACUUGUGAGUGUCGAUGAUGUUGCAUUUGCAGUUUUAAAUGCUGUCAUCGACGAUGAUUUCUUUGGUGUCUACACAAUCGAGCAGAUCAAGGAAGCUGCUGCCAAACAGAGGACAUAG